AGGAACUGCACUAUCGUCUAUCGUAAUUGGUGUUUUUGUUGUGUUUGCCUGCAUGGUGGCGUGAGAUAUUCGCGGAUUUUAUAUCUAGUUGCAAUUGCUGUAUUUAACUAUUAAUAUAUUAUAAAAAUGGUGCUACCGCUUUUGCAGCGUUACACGCUACGUGGCGUCCAACAGACGACCAAGCCAUGGACGAGUGCAGCGUACGCUGUUCGCAUGGCGUCACAGGAAUAUCGCGUUGAGAGCGACACAUUUGGCGAACUGAAGGUGCCCGCUGACAAAUAUUAUGGCGCACAGACGAUGCGCUCCCAGAUCAACUUUCCCAUUGGCGGCUCCACGGAACGCAUGCCGAAACCAGUCGUUCAGGCAAUGGGCAUUUUGAAGAAGGCCGCCGCCGAGGUCAACAAGGAGUUUGGACUCGAUCAGAAGGUGAGCGAGGCCAUCUCGAAGGCAGCGGAUGAUGUCAUCUCCGGCAAGUUGUACGACGACCAUUUUCCACUCGUCAUCUGGCAGACGGGCUCCGGCACCCAGAGCAACAUGAACGUUAACGAGGUUAUCAGCAAUCGCGCCAUUGAGCUGAUGGGCGGCAAGCUGGGCUCCAAGACGCCAGUGCAUCCCAACGAUCAUGUAAACAAAUCGCAGAGCUCCAACGAUACCUUCCCAACGGCCAUACAUAUCUCGGUCGCCCUGGAGCUGAACAACAAUCUGAAGCCGGCAAUUAAGACGCUGCACGAUGCUCUCGCUGCUAAGUCAAAUGAGUUCAAGGACAUCAUCAAGAUUGGCCGCACCCACACCAUGGACGCGGUGCCUCUGACCCUCGGCCAGGAAUUCGGUGGGUAUGCCCAGCAAAUGGCCUAUGCCCUCGAGCGCAUCGAUGCCUGUCUGCCGCGUGUCUAUGAGCUGGCCCUGGGCGGCACAGCCGUCGGCACUGGACUUAAUACACGCAAGGGCUUCGCCGAGAAGUGCGCCGCCAAGAUUGCCCAGCUCACCUCACUGCCCUUCGUGACGGCGCCCAAUAAGUUCGAGGCGCUGGCCGCCCGCGAUGCCAUGGUGGAGGUGCACGGCGUGCUCAACACUAUUGCCGUCAGCCUGAUGAAGAUUGGCAACGAUAUUCGCUUCUUGGGCUCAGGGCCACGCUGCGGUCUCGGCGAGCUCUCAUUGCCCGAGAAUGAGCCGGGCAGCUCCAUUAUGCCCGGCAAGGUGAAUCCCACACAGUGCGAAUCGCUGACCAUGCUCUCGGCACAGGUGAUGGGUAACCAGGUGGCCGUCACAGUGGGUGGUGCCAAUGGACACUUUGAGCUUAAUGUGUUCAAGCCUUUGAUUGUGUCCAAUGUGCUGCGUUCCAUCCGCCUACUCUCCGAUGGCAGUCGCACAUUUACGGCCAACUGCGUCAAUGGCAUUCAGGCCAACAAGGAUCGCAUUGCGAAGAUCAUGAACGAGUCGCUGAUGCUGGUGACGGCAUUGAAUCCGCACAUUGGCUACGACAAGGCGGCCAAGAUAGCAAAGACGGCACACAAGAACGGCACCACGCUCAAGGAGGAGGCCAUUAAUCUGGGCUAUCUGACCGAGCAGCAGUUCAACGAUUGGGUGCGACCCGAGGAGAUGCUGGGCCCCAAGUAAACAACAGCAACAAAAAAGUCUACUAUCUAAGCAAAAAGUGAACCCUUCAUCUAAUUGUCUGGAUUGAAUGCUUGCCAGGGAAACGGAAGUUUCCUGUGUGUUCCAGUCCAAAAUAGAUUCGAGAAUAAAAAUCAUGUUUGAAAACAA